AUGACUCAGAUGUACCAGCACACUCUGGCCUUUGUAUUUGCUGUAAAAGAGAUCAAUGAAAAUCACCAGAGCUUACACAACCUCACCUUGGGCUUCCAAAUCUAUAAUAGCCAUUUUGUUGCAAGCUGGACCUACCUCGCCUCAAUGGAACUUCUCUCCACCUGGAGCAGAUUCAUCCCUAACUACAAGUGUGAUGUCCAGGAUAAUGCCGUAGCUGUCAUUGGAGGACCCAGUUCAGAUAUAUGUCUUUUCAUGGCAACCAUUCUGUGCACCUACAAAAUGCCGCAGCUCGGAUAUGGCUCUGCUCCAGUGAUGAAUGACCAAAUCCAAGGAAUAUUAUUCCAACGGAUGUUCCCUAAAGAGAACCAUCAGUAUACCGGGAUUCUCCAGUUGCUGCUCCUUUUCAGGUGGACCUGGAUUGGGGUCAUUUUUAUAAACGAUGACAGUGGACAGAGGUUUGUACAAACCGUACUUCCCAAAUUUUCCCUAAGAGGUAUCUGCUUUCACUUCAUAGAAAUGUUGCCGACCCUGUAUUUUACCAAUGACAUUUAUGAAAUGGUGGCAGAUUGGGUUGCAACAUACAAGGUCAUUAUGAGUAGUACUGCCAAUGUCGUGGUCUUGCACGGUGAAAUUCACACUAUGAUUUUUUUGAGGAUGUUUCGCCAGGUUUCUGAGUUUGAGGACAUAGCAAUCAAGACAAAAGCUAAAAUCUGGAUUAUGACAGCUGAGAUGGAGUUCACCUCAGUUCCCUUUCAAAGUCUUCUUGACAUAGACAUCAUCCAUGGCACUUUAUCCUUUGCAAUUCACUCAAGGGAUGUGAUAGGAUUCAAGAAAUUUCUUUGGAUGAGAAGCCCUAUGUCAGACAAACAAGAUGGCUUUAUCAGGGACUUCUGGCAGCAGGCAUUUAACUGUACCUUUCCUGCAUCCAUGAUGGAGAAGAGGGAUGGAAAAUUUUGCACUGGGGAGGAGAAACUGGAGAGUCUUCCUGGGUCUGUUUUUGAAAUGAGCAUGACUGGCCAUAGCUACAGUGUCUACAAUGCUGUCCAUGCCAUUGCAUGUGCUUUACGAUCCAUGCAUUCAUCAACAUCCAAACAGAGGGGUAAGAUGGAUGGAGUAAGAUGGGAAAUUUUGAAUCAACAGCCAUGGCAGCUUCACCACUAUCUAAGAAGUGUCUCAUUUAACAACAGCGUUGGGGAAACAGUUUCCUUUGACCAAAAUGGAGCCUUGGCAGGUGGAUUUGAUAUUAUCAAUUGGGUCACAUUCCCAAACCGGUCCUUCCUUAGAGUCAAUGUUGGAAAGGUGGACCCCUCUGCUCCCAAAGACCAAGUGUUCAGCAUUUCUGUGGAUUCAAUCAUAUGGCCCAGCAUGUUCAACCAGGUGCAGCCCUUAUCUCUGUGUAAUGACGCCUGCCCUUUGGGUAAUAGUAAGAAAAAGAAAGAAGGGGAGCCGUUUUGUUGCUAUGAUUGCCAUCCAUGCCCAGAGGGGAAGAUUUCAAACCAGAAGGAUAUGGAUUACUGUUAUCAGUGUGAAGAAGAUCAUUAUCCAAAUGAGGACCAGGACCUCUGCCUUCCCAAAGAUAUCAGUUUUCUGACUUAUGGAGAACCUUUGGGAAUCAGUUUGACCAUUGUUGCUCUUUCCUUUUCUUCUAUCACAAUGUUGGUGCUUUGGGUAUUUAUAAAGCACAAGGACACUCCCAUAGUCAAAGCCAACAACCGAAACCUCACCUUCAUUCUCCUUACCUCCCUUUUCCUGUGCUUCCUUUGUGCUUUGCUAUUCAUUGCCCAACCUGAGAAGGUGACUUGUCUCCUUCGACAAACUGCUUUUGGCAUCAUCUUCUCAGUGGCGGUUUCUUGUGUGUUGGCCAAAACCAUCACUGUGGUUUUAGCUUUCAUGGCCACCAAGCCAGGGUCCAGAAUGAGGAAAUGGGUGGGGAAAAGACAGGCUAAUUCCACAGUUAUUUCCAGCUCCCUUAUUCAAAUCACUAUUUGCACAAUUUGGCUGGCAACCUCUCCUCCAUUUCCAGAUUUUGACAUGCAUUCAAUGACUGAAGAAAUUAUACUGGAAUGUAAUGAAGGUUCAGCUCUCAUGUUUUACUGUGUCUUGGGCUUUAUGGGCUUCUUGGCCAUUCUUAGCUUCAUAAUGGCUUUCCUAGGCAGAAACUUACCUGAUAGUUUUAACGAAGCUAAAUUUAUCGCCCUCAGCAUGUUGGUUUUCUGCUGUGUCUGGAUGACCUUUGUUCCAACCUAUCAGAGCACAAAAGGAAAAUACAUGGUGGCUGUGGAGAUCUUCUCCAUCUUGGCCUCUGGUGCUGGAUUGCUUGGCUGUAUUUUUCCUCCCAAAUGCUAUAUCAUUGUGGUAAAGCCUGAUUUGAAUAACAGACAGCAGCUAAUGAGAAGAAAUAAUUAA